CAUAAUAUAUCAAAUUAAAAUAAAAACACCAGCAAACUUUCACAUCAUUAGGGUUUUAAUUUGUUUACAAACUGUUAACAGACAAUAGUUCUAUAUAUUCUCUACAAGACAAUAGGUACAUUUGGUACAUGUUAAAUAAUAAAAGUUUCACAUGAAUAAUUUGUGAAGAAAGCUGUUUACUAGCAGCACCUAAGUAUUUUAAAUGUAAUUUCUUUGAUUAUAAUAGUAUUUUUGUACAAUGCAUAAGAUUUAGGAAUAAAUAUACUGAUAUUUAAAGAAAUACGUGCGUCACAAUUCAAUACCUACCUACUUAUAUAAUAACUAAUAAGAUUUUUUUUAUUCCAAAUUUGGUCUUGCGUCUAGAUAGUGCAAUUUUCCCAGAAAAAGUAAUUUGAUUUUGUCAAGUUUCGAUGCAGUGUUGAAACUUGGAAUGUGAUAACAUUAAAAAAUUGGAGAAAUAAAAGUACAAUAACACUUCUCUUGCACGUAAUAAUUCUAGUUUAAAAAUAUUAUUAAAUUCAUUACUUAUAAUAUUCGUUUCAUUACUAUAAUAAAAUGGGCCAGUACUGUUCUGAAGUACUUUUUAAAUAGUAUUUUCAGUUACGCGUUGAUCAACGUUUUGAGUUUUAGUCGAAAAGCUUCACAAGCCCAACCACAAAUUACGGUUGCAUACAAUAAUAAUGAUAACAGAUUUGUUGUGCCUGCAGUGCGUUCAAUACAACCGGUCGAUGAUUAUUUUAUGAGCUCAUAUUAUAAUGGUACAAUAUUAUAGGUAUUUAGUGACUUGUAUUUAUAAAACAAAAAGGUACCUAUACAUUAUAACAUAAUGUUAUUACGUGUUCAUAGUGCAAUUUAGGUGUACACAUUUUGACAAAUAUACAUAUUUUCUCUCUGUCCGGAGACGCGUGGCGUGGCGCUAUCCCGAACUAUAAUGCAUACAUCGCACGACGGAGCAAUUGCGCCUACCGGUGGCGGAGCAUUUUGAAAUUAAACUGCGCUCACGACAGUCAUCGGCAUCCCAUUGGAGAGGGUUGUCCGUGUGACCAACGGCCUCCGCGGGACACACAUGUGACAGAAAAACAACAUCAAUAAUAAUAAUUAUUAUUAUUUUCGUCAUCGCAAUAUAAUAUAACCAUUGCUAUAAUAUUAUUAUUGCCGUAAUUACAUUUACACAGAGCCACGCGAGUGUCGACGCGCGAGUGAGUGCGAGUACAAUUUUUUAGACGUCAAACAGUAUAAUAUUUUUUUUUUUUUUGAAUCCGGGCAGGAGACGGAAAUACAAUAAACGACUGUUAAGUUAAUUUUUUUUUUUUAAUUAAUCAUUCAUACAACUAUGAUCUUCGGGUACUCGUGGAUUUUCGUCUGUGCGUUGGUUGCGUUUGGCAGAGGAGAUUUCACCGCCAAGGAUAUUCUGUGUGAUUACAGUCUGGACGUUUGUCUGAAGAACGUGUCCGCCCUAUUGGAUCACACCGGACAGAUCGGUAUUCCGAAAUCGAAGGCCGAUGUGGACGUAGUUUGCAAAGGGUUCAAAAUGGGAAUGAAGUGCUUCGAUGAUUUUUCAAGUUUAUGCCUAUCAGUAGAUGAAAAAAAAAUGGUCACCGACAACGUAAUUGGAGCCAAAUAUACAUUCAAAUUCUUGUGCGACGAUGAAAUAUUUCAAAAAGACUACCUGAAGUAUACAGACUGUUACGGGGCGAUCAACUCAGAUUGGGACUCGUGCUCCUCAAAGUUCAUGUCACUAGUCCGCGAAGAGAUGAACGUCAACCAAUCGGAGGAAGCUAAGGUGCUGAACAUGUGUUGUGCGUUUGCCGUCUGGUGCAGAAUACAGAUGAGAAUGAUGGAUGCAUCUGAUUGCGCUGCCCACAAUAAUUUAAAUAUACCUAUUUAUAAUAAUUUCGUUGUGUAUUUAUUUUUCAGAACGUAG